AUGGCCGACAAGCCGCACCGCUCAGCCCCGGGCUCCGCUCCCAGACCCGUCCACAUGAACCUCUUCGCUACCUGGGAGAUUGACCGGUCCUCCCCCAGCUGUGUACCCAGGCCUCAGUCACAGGUACCUGACUGCAGGAGAACAUCACCUCAUCCACUUACACUUGUUUAUCUUCACUUGUUUUUCACCUCGUUCUAUAUUUGUCCUCCUCAGCUGAGGCUCAAAGCCUCGCUGGGUGGGAAUUUGGAACCUGACUGGGAGGCUGAGAGACUGCUUUCGUUCUCAGCAGAUCGAUCCCCAGAUAUCGACAAUUACUCAGAGGAUGAGGACGACAGCUUCUCUUCUGAGCAGGAAGUCAGUGAUGAUCCAUUACAAGGGCAGGAUUUGUAUUUUGAAGACGAGGAGGUUGGAAAACGGAAGAAGACCCGAAGGAAACUGCCGAACUCGGCUGUCAUCUCCCGUGGAGGCAUCAGCAACCAACAAAACAUUAAGCAGAAGUUUGUGGCUUUACUCAAGAGAUUCCGAGUCUCUGAUGAAGUAUUGGCCCUGGAACAUGUGUCUACAGAGCAGAUCCAGGAGGUGGAGGAGGACCUUGAUUUGCUCUAUGACAGUCUUGAAUUGUACAACCCGAGUGACAGUGGUCCCGAAAUGGAGGAGACAGACAGUGUCCUCAGUACUCCAAAGCCUAAGCUGAAGCCGUUUUUCGAGGGGAUGUCUCAGUCCAGCUCACAAACAGAGAUCGGGAGCCUCAACAGUAAAGGCAGCCUCAAUAAGGAGUUAGGCAGCCCGCAGGAGGCGCUGCCGUCUGAAAAACUUCGAACGUCCCGCACCAAACUCCAGGAGGAGGUGAUGGCAGAGGUCGAGACUCCGGAGUUGACUGAACAAGAGUUGCACAGUGAACUCAACACUUCCGGAACCAUCCUCGACAAAACCAAACCACUUCCAAAAAGCGGCAAAUCAGACUCUCAGAUCUUUGCAUCUCCCAGUAAGGCUGACAUUGUCCAUACACCAAAGCACAGGAGGACUCCACUGAAGGACAGACAGGUGUCUCGGGCACAGGGUGAGAGGGCUAACAGCUCUGACAGUGAGAGAUCUCCAGAACUCAGUAUCCAGGUUCCUCGUAAAGUGGUUUAUGAUCAGUUAAAUCAGAUCCUGGUGUCCGACACCACUGUACCAGAGUCAGUGAUCAUGGUGAGCGCCGUGGACUGGCAGGGCCAGUAUGUCUCCGAGCUCCUCCUCGAACAGAAUAAAGCCUUCAUUUGCACGUGCUCCAUUAUAGAGGUUCAAACCUGCCUCUCUGCCAUCCUCACACGGAUACAGCGCUACUGUAACUGUAAUGCCCAGAUGCCUCGGCCAGUGAAGGUGGCAGCUAUCGGUGGGCAGAGUUAUCUCAGCGCCAUCCUGAGAUUCUUUGUGGAGCAGCUCGGCAACAAAACCUCUGACUGGCUCAACUACCUGAGGAUCCUGCUCAUUCCCCUGGGGUCCCACCCUGUUGCCAGGUACAUGGCGUCUCUGGACAGCAAGUACAGCAGCCUCUUCCUGGACUCUGCUUGGAGUGACCUGUUCAGCAAGUCCGAGGCUCCCACUUCGGGUACAGGAAGACAGGAACGGGGUGGGGGGAAUGGCUCCCUAGAUGCGCUGGAUGUGGUCGGACGGAUCAUGCAGUAUAUUUCAGGAGCACAUGUGUCUCACCAGCUCCCGAUAGCUGAGGCCAUGCUGACCUGCAAACACAAGAGUCACGAAGAUGAUUCCUAUCAGAAAUUUAUUCCAUUUGUUGGU